UUAUUAUUAUUAGUAGUAGUAGUAGUAGUAGUAAUUAUUAUUAUUAUUGCUCGGUGGCCAACUAUAGUCUGGCAGUGAUUGAUUGCAGCUGCUCUCCAGCCUGCGCCACAGCCCGAGCCCCAUGGUUUCAACAUUGUAUCUGAUAUUCUCUGGAAAGGAUUCUCUGUGUGUUCAUAUGGAUUGCAGUUAUUAAAACACCCAGAGAUCAAGAGAUGAGCAUGGUCAGAACUUGCAUGUGAGGAAUUUGGCUUGAUCUGUCCUGCAAGAAUGCCAAAUUUAUCAUGAGCAAGUUGUGACUAUGCUCAACUGUUGAUCUCUGGAUAAUUUAAUAUUAUAUGUCCAUAUAGGAACAAUGCCCUUUGCAAAACAUGGGUGCCUGAAGCUCUCUCCCCUGCGUACAGAACAGCCCAAUUUAUUUCAGUGUGGAUUGCAGUCAAAGGAGAGGCAGUUGCUAUAAUUCAGGCAUAAUUAGAUUAGGUUGGUGCCUUCCCUACCAUCCUUUAAGAAACAAUUGAAAACCUGGAUGUUUUGGGCUGGCCUUUGGAGAGACAGCCAUUGGAUGACCAGCCUCAUUAUAAUUAUAAUUCUAUUCUGAAUGUUAUUAGGUUCCUUUCACUGGGAUAUUUUAAUCUAAUGAUUUUAUCUUAUAUUGCUGCCAUAGUCCCCCCCCCCCCCCACCUUUGAAGUUGACUGAAUCGCAUUGGUGGUUGUUUGAUAUUAUUACUAUUAAUAUUAUUACUGUUGUUUAAAUCUUUGUUUUAACUUGUUUUGUCAUCUUCUUGUGUUUUACACUGCGUGUAUUGUUAAUGUAUUUGCGCUGUUACUUUUGUAACAUUGUGAGCCGCCCCGAGUCCCCACGGGGAGAUGGUGGCAGGGUAUAAAUAAAGUUUUAUUAUUAUUAUUAUUAUUAUUAUUAUUAUUUUGCAGAUAAUUGGGGGGAGAUGGUGGGGCUAAAGACGGGAAGUGAGAUUGGGGAAAGACAGGAACGAACGGGGGGAUUUUCUUCCCCCUUUCAGCGUUAUUCAUGUGCCAUGAUGUUUAAGUAAUAUUUAUGAGGCAUGACUUGAAGAUGUAAUGCUGCGAGGGAAUAUUGGCAAUAUUUGAGCCCUGACCUGAAGUUCCUUCAGAGGAGUGGGCUUUCCCCUCCUCUCUUCCUUCCUUCUUUCCUCCCUUCCUUCCUUCCGUGAAGAAAAUGUGCCGCCACAUCUCCUGGCUUUCCAUGAGAAAGACAUGAGCCUCUUGAAUAAUUAAUCUGGUUUCUCGGAGCAGUAGCCAUGGAAACCCAAGCCAUGCCAGGGCUCUGGAUUUCGGCCCACUGGAAACCUCAAAGUCCCCCCAAAGGGAAGGAAGUCCUCGGAGAAAGAAAGGCUCCCGGGCUCAGUUUCUUCCCUUGCGUUCUCUGAGACCCUGCAGCCCAUCAUAGGGACCAAACAAAAGCCACUAUGAACAAGAUCGCAAUGCUCUUAAGAGGAAGGAAUGGGAACGGAGAAACCAAGAAGUUCAGCAGGAUGAAGAUCUGUUUGCAUCUGGCUUUAAUCUUUUUGGAGAACCCUACAAGACGAGCAGGGGCGAUGCCCUUGCCAACCGGGUCCAGAACACGCUGGGGAAUUACGACGAAAUGAAGGACCUGCUGACCAACCACUCCAACCAGAGCCACCUCGUCGGCAUCCCCAAGAACUCCGUGCCGCAGACCCCGGUAGACAAAACCGAGCCGGGCUUUUUCCCAGAGCAAAGGAACCGGAUGAUCCCCCCCCUCCCGGUGGGCGGCCACGCCUCGGCCUCCAUGCCUCCCCCGCCUUCCUUGCCGCCGAAUCCAGGCUUGCUGCACGGCCACCAGAACGGCAGGAAAUCCCGGACGGACUGGCCCCGUGGGAGCCACGGCGCUAAUGGUGGCCAGGCCGGCCAGGCCGGGGGUCAGCAGAGCAGGACAAAGCACGGCCCCUCCCACGAGCCCCCCCAAGGCAGGUACGAGGAGCUCUACGCCUGUCCAGGUGAGCAGCAUAAGGGCGGGGGCGGGGAGGAGGCCGGCACGACGCCCUCGUCUUCGCUCUCCAGGAGGCACAGCCACCCAAAACCGACCGGGACCGACCUCUCCUAUAAAGACACCAGCCAUUCCAAAUCCCCGGUGGAUCUUGAAUUCCUGGGCCACGGGCCUGGGUCGCCACUGCCUUCCACCUCCUUGUUGUCGGCCAACAACAGUCUUUCAACCCCGAACUUCCCUCCGGGGCUUCACAGUAAGAGCAGCAUGACCCAGCAGAAGCCCACGGCUUACGUCCGGCCGAUGGACGGCCAGGACCAGGUUCCCAACGACUCGCCUGAGCUGAAGCCUCCGCUCGAAAUGGAAGGUGUGUAUGGAAACCAGUCCUUUGCGGCGCUGCUGGAAGGAAAGGCCACCGGACCCAGCUCAAAGAACAAACUACCAAAGCUCACCAUUCCUCCCGCGAGUGAAGUUACCCUUCCCAAUGACUCCAACUGUGUGGAGGAAAUACUACGGGAGAUGACCCAUUCCUGGCCCCCGCCUCUCACUGCGAUCCACACGCCUGGGAAGGCCGAACAGAACAAGUUUCCCAUUCCAAGCAAGGUGCAGGAUUCGCAGCAUCUGACCUCAGGAUACAAUGUGCAAAAAUGGAAUGAGCCUGCCGGCAAAGUUGCCACCAAAUCGGUGCCACAGAAAUCCAUGCUCGAAGAUGAUCUGAAACUCAGCAGUGAUGACGAUGAUAAUGACCAGGCUGCAGAGAAGACAAAGCCUCGAAACAUUCCAGUAAAUGGCCUUGCGCUGCCGACACCACACAACACAGUCUUAAUACAUUCCAGUGGAGGCUCCGGAAGCUCCAGUGAAUCCGAAAGCAGUUCCGAGUCAGAUUCGGACAGCGAAACCAGCUCCAGUGACAGUGAAUGCAAUGAAGAGUCACGCAGUGGGACGCCGGAGCCGGAACCUCCCUCGGCGAACAAGUGGCAGCUGGAUAAAUGGUUGAACAAGGUCAAUCCGCACAACAAGACGAUCAUCACCACCCAGCACGAGAACCUCGGCGAGAGCAGCGCUCAGUCCCAGACCGGCUCCCAGGGCGAAGCGCAGAACAAAGGCAAGCUCGGCGGCAGCAGCUUGGCCCCGGCGGACCCCAAAGAGCGGGCGCUGCGCAGCCCGGUCCGCGAGAAGGCCAAGCCCCGCGUCGCCCAGAAGGCCCCGGCGGAAGCCAAGGGCUCCAGGCAGAAAUCCCCCGCUCACAAUGAACCCGCCGCCCAAAGGACUACUGGUAAAAAGCAACCCAAAAAGGUGGAGCGGACGCCCAGUGCCGAAGAAUACAACUGGCCCAAACCAAAUACGACCUGCAGCAGCACACCCAAAGAGAAGGAGGCGCAGGAAGCCCAAGAGCAGCCCAAAGUCCGCACAAAGGUCGCGCCGGGGAAGACGGCCCCCAGGAAGGAGCCCAGGACCACCAUGGGGGCCCCGCUCGAAAAGAAGAAGUACCGGGGCCCCAGCAAAACCAUCCCAAAGUCUCGGGAGUUUGUGGAAACGGAUUCCUCCACGUCCGAUUCCAACACGGACCAGGAGGAGAACCUGCAGGCCAAGACCCUGCAGGCCUGCGGUGGCCCGGACGGCGGGGCCAAGGCCAAGGACUCCUCCAUCAACGUCCUCAGCGUCAGCAGCCUGGCCAGCAGCGGCAGCGGCGCUUCCCUCGACCCCAACGGCAAUGACCUGGAGGAGCCCCUCUUCUCCCCGAUCCCCAUGGUCCAGAGCGAGCCCCUCUCCCCACUCAAAGAGUUCGAGGAGCUCAAAUACCUUUGGGUGAAAAUCGACCUGGGCUUGCUCUCCCGGAUCCCCGGGCAAGACGCCUUUGAGGGCGUGCCGGGCAAGGUGGAGCCCAGGGAGGCCAACGCCAAGCACCGGCGGCCGUGCCGGGAGUCCCCGACACUCGUGGCUGAAAAACCACCCACCAAGUCGAAAAGGAAACACAAGCAGUCGGAAAGUUUGGACACGUUUGGUGAGAACAAGAAACAACGCUUGGAGGAUGCUUCAUGCCUGCUUCCGCCCUGCAUUUCUCCAAUUCCCAACCACAGAUUAACCAGCGCUAAAGACAACAAUUCUGUUAAGAAAGUGACGAAGAAAAGGGAGGAGAAGCUCUUCCCGCCCGCCUUGUCUCCGCUGCUGGACGAGGUUGUGCCCCGGCAGAACGGCAGCGACGGCGGCAUCUUCAGCCUCGAGAGCGGCCUUUCCAUCCCACCGCAGGGCAACACCUGCUCCAAACACAGGAAAAGUGACAACAAAUCCUCUUCCGGUGUAAAGGGAACUUGUGAGGAAGACUCCCUCGGCCGGGGCCCCAACGCGCUGCUCGACACCGGCCAUCUAGACAGCGACAUCUGGUCUGCCGCCCCUGCCUUCGCCAACGGAAACCCUGAGCCGCAAAGACCCAAAAUCACAUUCGAUGACAUGCUCCACAAUGCAGAUUACUACAUGCAAGAGGCCAAAAAGCUGAAGCACAAAGCGGAUGCCCUGCUGGAAAAGUUUGGCAAAGCGGUGAACUACGCUGACGCUGCCCUUUCCUUCAUCGAGUGCGGAAACGCGAUGGAGCGCGAUCCAUUAGAGGCGAAGUCUCCCUACACCAUGUAUUCGGAGACUGUGGAGCUCAUCAGGUACGCAAUGAGACUCAAGAACUUCACGGGCUCUUCUGCCACAGAAGGAGACAAGAAGCUGGCCGUUUUAUGCUACCGAUGCUUGUCCCUUCUCUACCUGCGAAUGUUCAAACUAAAGAAGGACCACGCGAUGAAGUACUCCCGGUCUCUGAUGGAAUAUUUCAAGAAUUCGUCCAAAGUCUCACAGGCUCCAUCUCCUUGGGGAGGCAACGGAAAGAGCACAGAGACCCCGUCUCCCAUGUCUCUGAGCCCGUCGCCCAUCAGCAACCUUGGGAAUGCCGCCGGCACCGCGGGCUCGUCCUCGGCAGGGACCAUAACCAUUCCCCAGCGCAUCCACCACAUGGCCGCCAGCCACGUCAACAUCACAAACAACGUCCUGCGAAGCUAUGAGCACUGGGACAUGGCCGAGAAGCUGACGAAAGAGAACAAAGAUUUCUUCAUAGACCUGGACUUAGUGAUGGGUCCAUUGACGCAACACAGCACUAUGACCAACCUGGUCCGUUACGUUCGGCAAGGACUCCACUGGCUUCGCGUUGAAGCGCAUUUGUUGUAGUGACUGCUCCCUUGUCCAUCACGACUCCGCACAGGUGACCCGUGAUGGGAUGCCACCCUUUUCUGGAACUGUAUUCAUAGGGUUACUUUUAUUGCCUUCCGCUUCCCCCUUUUCAAACAAAACAUAUCCUAUCUGUUAAAAACGGGACUCGCCAUCAUUAGGAAAGAUGGCACCAGAGCAGAGUAUGUGUCGAUACCGUCGAAUCACUUUGGAUUCACGUCUUUGCCUUGUGUCUCCUGGAUCCUGCCACUCUUGCCUUCCAUAUCAUGCUUUAUGGAACAGUCGCUUCCCUGCAUCAUUGCACUUUGAUGAAGAUAGAGGUUGUUGGGAGAAUGUCUUAAAUCUUUGCGGGCACGUUUGAAAGCCCCCCCCCCUUGCACUGGGAACGAAUACCCAGCAGAUCAACUCAAAAUUGCCCUCUCCAUACAAGUCACACAGUUCCCAACUUAGUCUUGGUUCCAGGCCAUGGCUAAGAUUCCAGAAAUGCAGUCUCUCAAACAGCUUGUGUUGUUGUAGGCAUCAUCCCCACAGACAUCAGGGUUCCCACUCCUAUAGCAGAAGGCCACAAAAGGCUUCAGGAGGUUUUUAUUGAAUUCUCUUUUGUGAAUAUAAAUAUGUAACACAACAGCACAACGCCAUUCCAAAGCCACUUCCAACUUCCUUUUGAUCAGCUCAGCAGUUUGAAUGGCUAUGCACCCAACCGCCCGUCCUUUAAGGUUCUUCCAGAUGCCAUUAAUCCAGGAGAUGCGGGUGUAGGUCUUCCAUCGUACGUGUGUAGAACAUUUCUGACCAGCUUUCCACCAGUCUAGAUAAAUGGCAAAGGCCAACAUGAGUGUAUAUGUUGAUGGUGCUUCCGGGAAGGGGUCAUUGGGCAGUGUGCACUCAACAUGGUGCACUCAUGUGUGGGCUUUUACAGACAAGUAUGAGCCAAGUACAUCAAUGCUUGUCUUGAAGAAUGGUAUGUAAUUGUUCAAAUUGUCUCACCACCACCGCAGUUCAUCUUCCAGUGGUAUGCUUCCAGUAAAUGCUAGGCUGACCAUUCCCAUUUGAGCCUUCUCAGCUCCUGAGAUCCAUUGUUCUCCCAUGUUUUAUAAUACGUAGUGUAUGGGAAGCUACCAUUUCCAGAAUCUCAUGAAGAAAUGCUGUGGGACACCAAGACCACUUAAUGUAGGUGUUCCUUCCGACACGGAAACCCCAACCAGCAGUUCAAAGGCAAUACUGGAGCGUGGAAGGCUGUUUUUCUAAAAGGCAACAAUUGUUACUUUUCCCCGACCCAUUGCUUUAAAAUAUAACAUUUUUGUAUGUACUUUACUAUUAUCGAUAGUAUUUUAAAAGAGCUUAAAAAUGCAAAAAAGUGUCCAAACCCCUCUCCUUUCCCAUGACUUCAUCCACGUGUUGGAUUGCCUUGUUCAGCGCAAGCAACGACGACGACAUCUUUGCCUUUAAUCCACAAACGAUGGGCUGCGUAUCCAUAUUUAUUUAUUUAUUACCAACAGCACACGUUGAGCGGUGGGUCCCCUUUUCGAGCCGUCCACUGCAGUAUUCUUGCCAUAUCGCCAUUGUUAUUGUGGGGAAGGGGGGGGAAAAUACGGAUCCCAUGACAAUGUAAAUAUCAUUCUGCAUCACCUUUCUCUGGAAUAAUAUUCCACGUGUAUUAGAUAACUAAGAGGAGCGUGAACUGUAGCUACCUUCUCUGAUAUAAUCCUAUAUUCGCUGAUGCUCGGUGACUAGCAUAUCAAAGGAGGGUUUUUUAAUACUUGAUCCCAGAUCCAGUUUUGAAGGUAAAUGUCUUCUUGCAUUUUUUUUUUAAGUUAUAUUGAUGUCUGUUGAUAAUAGGUGUUUGUUUUUAAAGGGGGAAACCCACAUCCCGGAGCAUUGCUUUCCAUAAGGUUGUAGCCAAAAAUGGGAAGAGUAUUGUGUAGUGUUAGACUGGUCUCUCGGAAAGAUGUUGCCAGAACACCAGCAUUUAAAUCCGGUUAGAGGUUGUGUGUGAGAAGGGUGGGUCUCCCAGGGAGAUCCCCGAGGAAUCGGGUUCUUUCUAUGGUCAACAGUGGAUUUAUUUGCUCCUGAUGCUGAUUCGGAGAUCUGCUUGUGCUUCCCUUUUCCUACCACUUUGCCUCCAUAUUGGAGGUGAACCCAUUGGAGGUGAACCCAAUUUCCUGCAUCGCCUACUUAGUUAUAUAAUCAUAACUCCAUCACUUCUCUAGGCCAGACACACAUACACAUGUAUUGUCGAAGGCUUUCAGGGCCGAUAUCACUGGGUUGCUGUGAGUCUUUCGGGAUGUAUGGCCAUAUUCCAGAAGCUUUCUUUCCUGACUUCCAAAUCCCUUUGCUCCCGGUGUUGCAAAGGCAGAGUAUAGGACGGGUGUGGCUGACGAUAAUCAGUUCUGGAUCCCUAACCAGAGAAUAACAAUAAUAAUAAUAAUAAUAAUAAUAAUAAUAAUAAUAAUAAUAAUAAUAAUAAUAAUAAUGUGCCGUGCCAAAAGAUCUCAGCCGGCAUUUGGAAACAAUAGACAUUGACAAAAUUACGAUCUGCCAAGUGCAAAAGGCCACCCUGCUGGGAUCUGCGCGCAUCAUCCGAAAAUACAUCACACAGUCCUAGACACUUGGGAAGUGUUCGACUUGUGAUUUUGUGAUAUGAAAUCCAGCAUGUCUAUCUUGUUUGCUGUGUCAUACAAUAAAAUAAUAAUAAUAAUAACAACAACAACAACACUUGGGAAGUGUUCGACUUGUGAUUUUGUAAUACAAAAUCCAGCAUAUCUAUCUUGUUUGCUGUGUCAUAAAAUAAUAAUAAUAAUAAUAAUAAUAAUAAUAAUAAUAAUAAUAAUAAUAAUAAUAAUACAUCACACAGUCCUAGACACUUGGGAAGUGUUCGACUUGUGAUUUUGUGAUAUGAAAUCCAGCAUGUCUAUCUUGUUUGCUGUGUCAUACAAUAAAAUAAUAAUAAUAAUAACAACAACAACAACACUUGGGAAGUGUUCGACUUGUGAUUUUGUAAUACAAAAUCCAGCAUAUCUAUCUUGUUUGCUGUGUCAUAAAAUAAUAAUAAUAAUAAUAAUAAUAAUAAUAAUAAUAAUAAUAAUAAUAAUAAUAAUAAUAAUACAUCACACAGUCCUAGACACUUGGGAAGUGUUCGACUUGUGAUUUUGUGAUAUGAAAUCCAGCAUGUCUAUCUUGUUUGCUGUGUCAUACAAUAAAAUAAUAAUAAUAAUAACAACAACAACAACACUUGGGAAGUGUUCGACUUGUGAUUUUGUAAUACAAAAUCCAGCAUAUCUAUCUUGUUUGCUGUGUCAUAAUAUAAUAAUAAUAAUAAUAAUAAUAAUAAUAAUAAUAAUAAUAAUAAUAAUAAUAAUAUACAUCACACAGUCCUAGACACUUGGGAAGUGUUCGACUUGUGAUUUUGUGAUACAAAAUCCAGCAUGUCUAUCUUGUUUGCUGUGUCAUACAAUAAAAUAAUAAUAAUAAUAAUAAUAAUAAUAAUAAUAAUAAUAAUGGAACCUCCAGUGGCCUAGGGGAUAAAAGCCUUGUGACUUGAAGGUUGGGCUGCUGACCGGAAGGCUGCCAGGUUAGAAUCCCACCUGGGUAGAGUGCGGAUGAGCUCCCUCUGUCAGCUCCAGCUCCAUGUGGGGACAUGAGAGAAGCCUCCCACAAGGAUGGUAAAACAUCAAAACAUCCGGGCAAUGUCCCCUGGGCAACGUCCUUGCAGACGGCCAAUUCUCUCACUCCAGAAGCAACUCUGGUUGCUCCUGACACGAAUAAUAAUAAUAAUAAUAAUAAUAAUAAUAAUAAUAAUAAUAAUAAUAAUAAGUUUAUCCUGCCACCAUCUCCCCCAGAGGGGACUCGGGGCGGCUCACAGAAAUAUCAAAUACAAAACAAUAACAAUAUACAAUACAUCAAUAAACAAUAACAGGCACCAGUUGCAAUAUUUGCACAUUACUCCUAGUACUCUCUGACACUUCUGUUGUUAAACACCGACCCUCACUCCCCGGCCAGGUCAAAAUUAAUAAAUUAAUGGACUCCGCACCACAGCGGAGAGUUCCGCAGGUAGCAGGAUCCUGGAGUUGUAGUGAUUGGCUUUGCGGACCAGCGCCCAGGAGACGUCAUGCUACAAUCUUCCCCUUUUUUAAUAGCUAUAUUGUUUCUAACCUUAAAUAAAUGUGCACCCUGGUACAUUAUUCACUAUAUCUGCUUCUUUGUAUCCAUGGAUCCCUGUUUUCCCCACUUUCCUAGUUUCCAACAGACCUCACAACCUCUGAGGAUGCCUGCCACAGAUGUGAGUGAAACAUCAGGAAAGAAAGCUUCGGAAAAUGGCCGUACAGCCCCAAAGGCUCACAGCAACCCACAUACACACAACCCAUCUCUAUAGCCUGUAGCCACACUGGGCAAUAGAGAUCUGUUCAGAUCCAGAUCAUGGCACAGGAAGGUGACUUCACGGAUUCACAAAGGUGGAGGAGACCACAAAGGACAUCCAGUCUAACCUCAUUUUGUCAUUCAGGGAGAUGCAACCGAAGCAUUGUUGGCCAUUGAGCUUCUGUUUGAAAGCUGUUGGAGAAAGAGGCUCCGCCACACUCCGAGGCAGCAUAUGCUCCUGCCAAGGUGCUCUUACCAUCAGUAAGUUCUUCCUAGUGCUUAGGUGAGAUCUCUUUUCAUGUAGCUUGAAUCUGUUGAUCCAUAUCUUCUUCUUCUUCUUCUUCUUUUUCUUCUUCUUCUUCUUCUUCUUCUUCUUCGGCGAUCCCUCAUAGUUUUGAGGAUGAUGUUCCUCCAGGUGUAGUGUCUUGGCGGUGGGUCCGUAGGUGUCCAUGGAGACCUAUUCUUGACCCGCAUGUUCUUCCGCUGUGAAGACAUCUGUUUCCAGACGGAAGGCAUUCCCGGUCAGGGUUGGCUUGAUGACCUUCUUCCUCUUGGCACGUGCCUCCCAUCUGCCCUCCAUUCGUGCCUCUUUUAAUUUUGUAGCACUGCUGGUCACAGCUGACCUCCAGCUAGAGCGCUCAAGAGCCAGGGCUUCCCAGUUUUCGAUGUCUAUCUCAGUUUUUAAGGUUGGCUUUGAGCCCAUCUUUCAAUCUGUUUUCCUGUCCACCAACAUUACGUUUCACCUUCUUGAGCUUGUAGUAUAGUAACUGGAGCACCAUCGAAUCAUAGACUCAUAGAGUUGGAAGAGACUACCAUUCAGUCCACCCUCCCAUCAUGCAGGAAAAGCACAAUCAAAGCACCCUUGACUGAUGGCCAUCCACGCCUCUGCUUGAAAGCUUCCACCAGGUUCCAAGGCAGAGUUCCACUGCUAAACAUCUCUAAGAAGUUCGUCUUCAUGUUCAGGUGGCAUCUCCUUCCCUGUCAUUUGAACUCAUUGCUCCGCGUCCUAGUCUUCAGGGCAGCAGAAAGGAAACCUGCUCCCUCUUCCAUAUGACAGUCCUUCACACAUUUAUACAUGGCUCUCAUGUCUCCUCUCAGCCUUCUCUUCUGAGGCUAAACAGACCCAGCUCUUCAAGAUGCUCCUCAGAGGGAUUAUUCAUGGUCUCCAGACCUUUCAUCCUUUUAGUUGCCCUCUUCCUCUGGACUCCAUCCAGCAUAAAGUCAAUGUCUCUUCUAAAUUGUGGUGCCCAGAACAAGAACAAGCUCAUUCCAUCCUUCAUAUGACAUUCUUUCAGAUAUUUAAACAUGGCAAUCAUGUCCCCUUUCAACCUCCUCUUCAAGCUAAACAUACCCAGCUCUCUAAGCUACUCAUCAUAGGCUUCCAGACCUUUUACCAUUUUGGUCUUAAAGUAGGUUUGGAAGGGCAUUUAUGGUCAUAGUCAUAAUGCCAUGACCAUCAUGCAUAGUAUUACCAAAUGAAGAGCAAUCAUGGAUCCGUAACUGCAGGUUAUGAAUCUGUCAAUGCAAUACUGGGUGCCAGCCAAUAUCUUCUUCCCCGUGAUGAUUAUCCGGGUCCAGCAAGGAUUGCUGUUUAUUUCUGAAUCGAGGCCAAGUUGUCCCAUUAUGGCAGAUACUAGCCACCAUACCCUUGUUACUUCUUUCUGGAUUUGGCAUUCCAGAUUAAUUUGGCUGCAAGAACAACGUUGGCCAUUAUUUUCUUUGUCGUUGUUUGCUGUUGUCACCUAUAACGUGAUUUGAAGGCUCCAAAGGAACCAGAGUUUUCAAACUUCUUUGUUUGACCUUGGCCAAUUGGCUUUGACUGGCUGAUUGGGUCCAAUUAAGUGCAUUGUCCUUACUUGUUACUUUAAUCCAAGUGGAAACCCUAGAGCACCGUGCGCUUGACAAAGGAUAUCUACAACCUGAAACACAAUCGGAGAAGCAGACAUUUUUCAAAGGGUUAUCUGUAACCACAAAGUGAGAUGGAUGUUGGUUUUCUUCCGUGGGAUGCCUAACUAAAAACAUCAACCAGUUUUCACCAUGAUGUUUUGGUGCUUGAUUUGUAAAAUCAUAACGUAAUUUGACAUUUAAUAGUCUUUUCUUUAAUCCAUCCUUAUUAUGCAAUAUUUUUGCUUAUCCAAUGUUUUGCCGGCCCGUUUAUGUUGGAUAAGCGAGACUCUACUGUUUAACCAAUCCACUGAGUCAACAGAAACUUGUGACGUCAAGACUUACUUGAGUUCCAUUGAUUCAGUGGGCCUACUAUUUAGGACUGGCCAUUGUAUUUAGGCUUAGAUGUAAAGUAAAGGUUAUUGUUUACUUCCAGACAUAAUUCUGACCAAAAGAGAUGCUUCAAGUUCCAUUCGCUUCCAUUGUAUGAUAGCCAUGGCCCACCAAGUACUCAAGUGAGAAGCGCAGUUGUCUUUCUGGCAGUCUCGGUAUUCAAACAAGGAGUUAGCUAAGCAAGGGGAGUGUGGUAUUUGUUAAGAUCUUUCCAUACUUUAAACCAAGAGCUGCAUGUUUAAUGAUUAAGAGGAAUUUGGAAACGUUACAUUGUCCAACUGUCCAUCAACUGCCUUAUUAUAGUACGCAUCAAUCAUAAAAGGACAAAAACUGAACAUAGUGUCAAAUAAAUAUAAACUCCACUGUAGUACGAGGGUUGAAUGAAAAGUAAUGCCUCCACCUUCGUAACUCCUCAACAGAUGGCAGUCCUGGUCUGCGGCAGGUCCUGGCUUGUUCAGUAGACUCUCCUCUAUAGUUCCAUUUGGCAGGAAGCCUUAGCAUUGAACGGUUGUGUUGUUAAUGUGCGAAGUAUGGAACCCUGCACAGACGGUCAGUCAAUGCAACUUAAGCAAUGUGUAGUCAUUGAAUUCUUGAUAUCAGAAGGUGUCACUCCAAAGGAGAUUCAUCAGAGAAUGCAAGCUCUUUAUGGUGAUUGUGUGGAUGUGAGUCCUGUGCGUCGUUGGGUGAGUAAGUUUAAAGAUGUUGAGGUGGGAACAUCUGACUUGCGUGACAAACAAAGAGUUAGACGUCCUGUGACAGCAACCAGUGAGUUCCACAAGCAAAAGGUGGACAGAUUGAUUCAGGACGAUCGUUGUAUCACUCAGAGAGAAAUUCCAAGCAUCAUCGGCAUUUCACUAGAACGUGUGGGUCACAUUAUUGCUUUGCUUGGCUAUUGCAAGAUCUGUGCACGAUGGGUCCUGUGAGACGCCGGUUGCGGAAACAGAGUGUCAACUUCUGUGACGGCUUCAGAAACUUGUUCAUCAUUGGCAGAAAUGUAUCCAAUUGUCUGGUGAUUAUGUGGAAAAGUGAAUAGUGGUUGUUAUAGAGCACAUUCUGAGGAUUAUUUCUGCGUUUGAUUUAUUGAAAUAUUUCCAUCCAAACCCAAGUAACGAAGGUGGAGGCAUUACUUUUCAUUCAACCCUUUGUAUAUAGAAAACGCAAUUAAUGCAAUCGUGAGGGAUAUUGGAUUGAUGAUUUUGGAACUAUAACUCCCAGAAUCCCAACUUAGUGACUACCAAGCACAAUGAUACACCAAACUACCCUGUUAUCGUCAUGCUAGGAGGAGAUAAAGCUUGAUGUAUUUGAUUUCCUAGGGUCAAGAGAACAGGUGUGGAAACAGAUAGAAAAAGAGAAAGUUGGCAACCUUGAAAUCUUCCUUGAAAGUUCACACUCACCUUUCUGCAAAUCUCGCUGGGAAUAUUAUUGACCAAGGUUACCACUGAAUUAUUGCCCGUUAAACGGAGUGGAUUUCGCCCCCAGGUCUUUUUCCUCUGAGGGAAUGGCGCUUUCUGUCAAUCGAGAAGGCGUAAAUCAGUCACGGUGUGCGGCCCGUGCUCGGAGCCUUGGCCAAUAUUUCCCUCGGGGAGAAAAACGGCCCAGAAGGACAGCCUGUCGCUUGCCCAUCUUAUCUCGCGGGAGAUAAACAUCCCAAGGUCCAUCUCUGCGCAAAAUGUAUCUCUCUUGACCAUUUCAAUUAAUUUGGGAUGUCUUAAAGGGAAAUAAUCUCUAUUUUUGGGGAGGGAGUAAAAAAAACCCCACAAACAAUUACUUCAAACGGAAACUUUAUGGCCAGGAUUCUAUUUAGAAGUUGCAUCGCAUAAAUUAGGUUUGUCCGGAGUGAGCCCUGGGUCUGUACGUAGCCCUUGAGCCCAGGUUUGGGGUCACCUUUCGCCCCUAAUAAAAUGGGUAUGAUUUGGACCCAAAUCACAGAGAAAGCCCUCAAAUGCCUGAAAAUACAGGCAGUGACAUCACAUCACUUCUUGUCACCAUUUUGGGGGGACUGUAGCGAAAAAUGGAAACGCCUAGGACGUGCUUUGAGUGUAUGCAGCCUUUGCGGGACAAAUGGGUUGAAACUGGCCACUGUGUUGUCACAUAAAAGGUUUUAAAAGGUGCUUUUAGGAUGUUUUAAGAUGUUUUUUAAAGAUGUUUUAAGAUGUUUUUAAAUUGUUGAUUUUAGCCGGUUCUUGUAAGCCGCCCCGAGCCCUAGGGGAGUGGCGGCAUAUAAGUUUGAAAAAUAAGUAAAUAAAUAAAUAACCCAGCAUAACUCAAGGCUCUGAACUACAGGUCUCCAGUAGAGAUGUGUGCAGUAUUUGUUGCAUUUGUUUAAUUCGUGUUUCUGUUUCGUACCGUCCAUUCGGAUGGCAUGAAACAGAAAGCUCCCCCUCUGCCAAACAAAAAUGCAAUCAAAACAAAAGUUAGGCAGGAGUCAGUAUCAGCUCCUAGCCUGCUUUUUGGAUUGAUUGGCUGCAGGCCCUACAGGUGCACGCUUUGAGCCUACGCACCUGGGUCUUGCUGGGCCUGCAGCCGAUUGCCAAGUAAGGUGCGCUUUUUUGUCGGCAAUCGCUUCUUGCUCAGCUGCCAAGUAAGGCGCGCUUCUUGCUCGGCACUCAGCUGCAGGCCCUGUGAAGCCCGGAUGUGUAGGCCAAAGUUUGCACCCAUAGGCCUGGGUACUUUGAGUCGAAAGAAAACAGAUCUUUCAGCUCAGAAGACAAAACCAAACAAAUGUCUGACCCCAAUUUCGGGAAGUCAGACAAAAAGGGAACAGGGCCCCACUGAAAGCCCGAACACGAAACGGUACAAGGUAAGUCCCGAAUGCACACCACUAGUCUCUCGAACUUGAGAUUUUAGAUUCUUUGGAGUGGAGUCUUGGCCAUUAAAGCAGUAUGGCAAUGACACAACUUUAUCGUGCAGGUCGACCCAUCGUGGGGCAUACCUGAGUGAAGCCUUGCCCCUGCUUGACCCCAGACUCCAUUUCGGGACACAUGGCUUCUUUGCAAUGUGUUGCUUCACAGAUUCCAAAGAGUUAUAUCAUCACAGGAAGGCUUUCAUGCGUGCCUUUGACUCUGACCAUAUUGAAGUCAACAGGAAAUCCAUGUCUGGAGGCGAGAACGAGGAGAGCGUUUUACCUUUGGAUGACUUUGAGGGACAGGGAAGGGGUGAAGCGCGGUUCAAGUCAUGGGGAGGCGUGAGCCCUGCCAGUUGGAAACACACAGACCUGGAGAAAGCAAUUAAGGCGAAGGAAGGAGGGGGUGUUUCCUGUGGGAGCAGCUCUGUUUUGUUUCCGUCGAGGUGGUUGGGACUUGCCUGGCUCCGUGCAAGGCUUGCGCACCUGUUCUCCUCGGCUGCCAAAAAUAGGCUCACACUUUGGAUGGGAGUUUGUUUGCCUUUGCUUUUGUGUGCAUUUAGAUGGAGAAGGACCCGCAGCCUCUGGAUCAAGGGUGUCUUCCACGUUCAGGCGACUGGGAAGAACGUGGACCCGGUGGCCUCCUCGCCCAGCUCCCAACCAAAGUCAGAUCCGUUUCCCCGUUCCAUUAUUUAAGCCACUGAAACGGACCGCAGGGAGGCCUCCGGGGCUCAUUUUUCCUUGUUUUGCCUGCAUCCCAUUCAAAAUUGCCCUUUUUCGUGUGUGCAAAAAAAAGCGUCGGUCCCAUCAUUUCCGAAAUCCCACAAAGUGUCUUUGUUUUGGAACAAGCAUGUUAUUCCUGUAAAGUUUGAAGUCUAAGUUAAGAUGUUUUUGUACAGACCAAGGUACAGUAACUGUUAACAUGUCCAGCAAUUACUGAAAUGUUGUAUAGUUCUACGUUUUCUUUCCGUUUCUUUUCAUUUCUAUGUAAAGGGAAAAAAAUUGUAUCCUGCUCGUUUUCUUUGUAUCUCCAAUGUGUUUGCACAAUUAUGCAGUUAUGUUUACAUUUUUUCUUCUCUUUCUUUUUUUUUUUUAAAAAGGUAAUCCUUCCUGUACAAACAUUUUCAAUGUUGUUCGUUGUUUUUAAACACAAUUGUCUCUGUAUAAAAUAAUAUUGGUCGAACUGGUACAUUUGUGUCUCUCAUAGAGGGAUUAAUUAUACUGCCAGCGCAUUGAAUUAUUUAAAAAAAGGAAAAUAAAAUUUUUAUGAAAAGGU